GAAGUUAGCAUAUCAUUUUGUAAAAAUUCAUAGUAUUGGUUGUUAUGAUAAAAACGCCAGAACUAUUGCUAUAAAGUAUCCGGAACUCUAGAACUAUGGUGCAUGCUAAUAGAACUCCAAUAAAAACGUGAUCUGCUAGACUUUGAUAUCCCAGCUUCACAGACAUCCGAACGAGAGCAUCUCUUUUGACCUGUAGAGCAGCGCCUACUACGUCACAAAAAAUAGGCACCCCCAAGAAAGAUAACCCUGACUUAUCGAUCAUUCUAACCCCAGGCAAUAAAGGCUCCAAAUCAUCUAAAUGGGAUUCCGACAUCGGCCCGCACGUAAAGAGCUCACACUUUGUUGAGUUCACCUCUAAACCCACAUCUUUCAAGGCUGGUACCAACUGAUGUAGGUCCUCCAUAACUUCGCCCGGCUUUUACCCAAUAUUACCAUCGUCAAGAUAUCACACGUUAAGCGGAGACUUGAGCUUGACAAUGGUCUUCUGUAUGGCCAGGCAGAAAAUCAAGGGACCCAAAGGAUCACCUUGUUGUGCUCCAUCCUGUGUGACAUAAUUAAUCCCUCCUUUAAGUAAAGAUUAGAAGGGGCAGAAUAACAUUGAUACAAAAAUGGGUACAGAGAUGGCACAAAUUCCAAAACCUGCUUUAACAUAGUGUCUCUGUCAAGGCUAUCAAAGGCAUUCCUCAAAUCUACCUUGACAAGGACACUAAAUAAGAAAGGCAAGGCGAUUGAAAUCUACCGAAAAUAAUAAUGGCUGAAGACCAGAAUUUUGCAAGGACGACGGCGAACAUCGGCGCAACAAACAUAACCUCAAUUGAGCGGCUUGAAGGUAUCAGCACUUAUAUUAAUUGUAAGUUCGCAGUGAAGAUGAUUUUGACACUAAAAUUACUCUCGAAGUACGUGGAACGUACCGAUGAGCGAUGAGGAUCCUGAUCGCGACGAAAGGGCAUUGGUGCGGAUAUGUUUAUCGCUGCAGCCAGCCCUCUAUCAGCACGUGCGUGGCUGUAAGACAUCGCGAGAAGCGUGGCAGAAACUCGCUGAAUUUUACGAGGAUAAGGGUAUGUAUCGAAGAGUGUUACUGCUUCAUCAGCGCCAUCGUGCGAGUAUGCCCACUAUUCUCCAUGUCCGACUACAUUGAUAAUGUCAUGCGUCUGGUAUAGCAGCUUGAAGACAUAGGUAAGAAGGUGGACGACGCUGAAAUAGCAUAGAUCCUUACUGUCAGAAUUACCUCAAGAAUUUGACGUAGUAGAGACCGCACGUCUAACCAAUAACCUAAGUUCUGAUGUUGUAAGAAUGCUGUUGUUGCAAGAAGAUCACCGACGCAAAACAGAGUCCUCAUCGGCAUGCACUGCGAAUCCUAAAAAGAAGAAUAUGACCUGUACAUUUUACAAGAAACAAGGACAUUCAUUAAUGCGAAGCUUUUUUUUAUACUACGUCGGUGGCAAACAAGCAUACGGCCCGCCUGAUGGUAAGCAGUCUCCGUAGCCUAUGUACGGCUGCAACUCCAGAGGAGGUACACGCGCGUUGCCGACCCUUAAGCCCCCGUCGUUCAGCUCUGGCAACCUUAUUCACCGGCAGGAACACAACACUAUGAGUAGGAUCUAUUGUUAUUUGGCUGCGGUUUUCUGUAAGGUGGAGGUACUUCCCCAGUUGGGCGCUGCUCUAGAUCUGGAAUGAUAUCCUUUGGCUGUGCCCUACCACACAAAGCGAGAUGACAUUCACAAUGCCCAUACCUCUCUCUUGGACGUAGUGUAAGGAUGUACCCGGGCCGUAGCUUUAAGCGGAAACGAGAGCAGGCUGGUCGACGGGAUGCUGAGGGGCACACCAUGCUUGCCGCUGCAUUUACUGCGACUGCUUCAGCCCCUGAUUUCAUAAUCGACAGUGGCACUUCAUGUCACAUGGUGAAUGAUGAAGACCUGGCUAUUGAUAUCAAGAAAAGUAACUUUUACCAUCGUAAUGUAAUAAUGAACAGUCCCCUAUGAUAGUCUAAUGAUGAUAACCAUCAUUAGACUAUUACGAUCGUGGAGCCCACCACCUGAUGGCAAUUAGUCGCUAUUAUGACUAAUUAUAUCACCAAUAUAUCACCAUAACCCUUGCCACUGAAAUCUCGAAAUAUCUUCAAAUUGAGUGUCAAUUAAGCAAUUAAGCCAUAUAAUUACUAGAAUUAAAUUAAACUUUAAUUAUGAGGCAAAUCUCAACCAAACCUACAAUUUACAACUUACCUUCGGACCUAACGCGAAGAUGGAGUCCCGAGAAUAUCGGAAAAAUAAAACAACGGAAUUAUUCCAUAAUCUGGACAAAGUUAUCUACGUUUUCAGCGGCAUGAACUUCUGGAUAGACGAUAACGAUAUACCGAAGCUAGUUUUCAAUGCGUAUAAGAGAAUUUCAAAAGUUAUAAAUGUAGCAAUAGUUCUGUUCAUGAUGGCAGAGAUAGGGUCAUUCUUCACUCAAAAUAAUCUGACGGAGAAACAGAAAUAUGACCGCGUUUUCAUGCCGUUUGCACACAUUAUUCUGUAUUCUUUCACACUCUCUCUGAGCCACCAUAAGGAAACUGUGACAGAAAUACUUUUUACGUUAGCUGUAUGUUUAAAGGAGGAUUUCAACGAUGAGGAGACAGAGAGAGUCAUGCUGAAGCGCAUUAGAAUCUACGUGAGCGCGUUUGUGGUUAUUUGCCUUAAUGCGCUCGUAUUUUACGGUAUAGAAGGAUUAGCUCAGGUACUGUUUUCAGAUGGAACCUUCGUCACAAUGAUAACCAUCUGGCCCGAGGUCCACGACCAGUCACUCCUCGCGGGAGUCGGUCGCGUCGGCAUCUACGUCCUCUGGUGGCUAUGGAUGCUCCGAGUUACCACCGCCUUUCUCAUAGUCCUUCCUGUAACUAUCUCUCUCAGCCAUCAGUAUAUGAAUCUGCAGGUGUACUUUACGAGUAUCGCGGGUAUAUUUGAUGAGAGGAUCAGUCAAAGUGAGAAGGAAGAGAAGUUUGAGCGAGCUCUUAAGCUUGGUGUAAGAUUGCAUGCUACCACCAUUUGGUGCGCACAACAAGUGCAGAGAACUUGCGGAAACGUAUUCAGCGGACACAUCAUCGUCAACAUUGGCGUGCUUGUGCUGCUCAUGUCGCAGUUUAAGAAUUCCGACCGUGCCCUGAGUCACGUGUUGCCUAUAGUAGCUACCUUCGCGAGCAUGCUGUUCAGCACAGGAGUCAUCAUGUUGAGCGCGGGAGACAUCACCGUUGAGGCAGGGAAUUUGCCGACGGCCAUCUUUCAGUCAGGAUGGCAGAACUGUACGAAUCAGUCUUCAUAUCGUAUCCGACGACUGAUCCUGAUUGCUAUGGCCCAAAGUCAGAAGCCUGUCAUCAUGAAGAGUUGUGGAGUCAUAGAACUCUCUUAUCAAUCGUAUUUAUCGAUCGUGAACACAUCGUACUCCAUAUUCUCAGUUUUGUAUUAAAAAUUUAAGUUUAUAAAUAAGGUACAAAUUGAUUGCGUUCUUACUUACCUAAUUUUAGUAGUAUAAAAGAUUUACCUUGUUAAGUAUUGGAAAUGAACACAACUGUACUUAUAGGUUUGUAUCCAUAAGCUGGUAGUAUUUUAGAUAUUGAAAUAAAGUCAUGUACCCAUAAAAAAAUAUUUUAUUAUAUCG